CUUUGACGGCGAGCGCUACCACAUCAUCGAGCAGAGCUGGGCGGCCUUCUCGGAGCUCAAGGAAGACCUCUUGACGGCGCUCGACGCUGGUCACGUGUGCAGCGGUGUGUGCCCGUGGCUCUGGGAAGACCUCCACCACAACUUUGACCAUCCGACCAAGAAGGUCAACCUCCGCACGUGGCUGCAACUCCGCCUCCGCCGCCGCACCAAAGACACGAUUCAAGUGUUCCUCGAGCACUUUCAGGAACUCCUCGACUCGAUGCUGACGGUGCUUCGCCAGCGCCACAUUCACUGCCGCCAAUUCCACGACGUCUGCGCUGUCCUUGCGCGCUUCAUUGACGUGCGCCCGCCGACACUCCUUGGGUCGCCACAAGAAGAAGCGGCGAGUCUCACGACCUCGGUCGCGUGCUGCUAGACACCAUAUUUACCCUAUUUAUUCGCAAUAUAGACAACACCACAU